AUUUCAGUUUAAAUCUCAAGUAUCGAUUAAUUUAAGUAAGCCGCCAGGUGGGCCACUUGUCGAGGCAGAAGAGAACAGCUGAUGUCUCAAUUAAGUGUCUUGGCCGAAACAGAAAGUCGCCAUUGUUCAUUUAGGGCGUGUAUAGCCAUUGAUAACUCGUUUCUUACUGUGCUUUAUUGAUGGGAAUUCUCAUCUUGUGACUUCUCAUUUCUUAUGUGAUUCUCUGAGAUUAGGCUGGAUUAGGCCCUCGAUUUGAUUUUGUGUCAUUUGUGUCUACGAUUGCCUUAUUGACCGGCUCCUAAUUGUGGAUGCUAGGCAAUUUGUGCUCUGUCAAUUUUAUAUCGACGAAUAAACCCGUGCAUCGAUUAGAAGCAACUGAUAGGCCUACCCCCCCUCCUCUACUGUCUCAUUCUCUCGCGGAAAAAUUGGUGAUCGUAGCAGGACUUUCUUGGCCUGCAAGUUUGGAGAAUUGAAAUGGCAAGAGGCAGGAAGUCAAAGGCAGCCACGGCUUCUCAAAACGACAACACGGUUGCGUCCAGACUUCGUUCUCGAACAGUACCAGCAAAUGGUGAAGAUGAAUCGACACCCCCUGCUGAUCCCACUCAACAAGUCAAGAACAUUUCACGAGUUCCUCAACCUGAGGCGAUUGAACGUGAUGCCACUCGUAUGCAGAUCCAGAUGACCUGUAGCUGUAUUGACAAGCUCAUCAAGGAAAGAGGAUCAAGAAGAGCCUGUCUAGGCCUACUCAACAAACUCGACGACAUGUUGGCCACUGUCGAAAGACUCAAUUUAUUGGUGGUAGACCCGUCCGACGCUGAUGAAUUCGCGAAGCAAGCUCAAAUUCAAAUCGAUCUGUUCACACUUAUCGAGUCGAAGAAAGAAGACGUUGACGCUUAAGUCACCCUAAGAGCUGAUGACGAAUCUUCAGUCGGGUCCUGCAUGCAGUCAAUCAAAGGCGUACCACUGGCGACUCACCCCUCUGCCUCGACAGUUGGAGAGCGGAUGUGCAAGAGAGCUGCAGCAUAUCAAAAUGCUUAUAGUCUGGCAGCGGAGAAAAUUUUGCCGUCUGGUGAGAACAAGUUUCCUCGUGGCCCCUCUGCACCCGACAAAAAUGAAGUGACUCAGUCGGAGAAAUUGCUUGCUGAAGCGCAGAAAAGAGCAGCGGAGGCCCAACAGGAAGCUGCCCAGCUGCAAAAACGACUCGAAGAAGUAAAUAAGAAAGCUGAUUUGGCAAAUAAGGAAGCAAGCAGAUUAUCCGAUGCUGCCAUGCGACGCGGUUCAGCACCAACCAUCAUCAGCAACCCAUUCCACGGUUGGGGAGACGGAGCGUUCGACGAUUGGCACCGCCGUUCUACUCACGAACCGAACAAAGAGGAGGGAGAAGAAGAGGCACCAGACGACUGGAUCGACCGGUACUGCAACGGCCUAGAAGAAGCCAAUUGGUCAUAUUCUAGCAAAUCGGCAGCACGCGGGGAGCUUCCCAUCUACUCCGGAAGGGCAACUGAUUGGUUUUGGUGGUCGGAUUUGCUACGUUCGAUGGUUCAUGAUCAACGAAUCGCACCUGGAGAAAAGCUUGCUGUCUUGAAGAGCCGACUACGGGGAGAUCAAUUCGAAAUCGUGCAGGGCCUUGGCGGAGGAGAAUCUGCUUAUAAGGCCACUUUAUUCCGACUGAAGCAGUCGGCUGGACAUCGCGACGUAAUGCGUAUAGCACUACUCGGUGAACUCGAUCGUAUGGAGCUGGGCAGAGAAAAUUCAUCAUUCCGUCGCUUUGCCGAAAGAGCUCGAACCAUCUUCUUUGAUUUAACCCGAAUUGGGGAGAAAUUUAAUGCCGACCUCAUCGAAAGACUGAGCCGUAAAUUGCAUCCGGCGGAUCGACUCGAAUGGAAUUCCGGACGACGUACUGGAUUGGAACGGCGCCCUCUGAAGGAAUUUGGAGAGUGGAUGUGCGAGAGAGCUGCAGCAUAUCAAAAUGCUUAUAGUCUGGCAGCGGAGCAAAUUUUGCCGUCUGGUGAGAACAAGUUUCCUCGUCGCCAACAAUUUCCAACAACAGGGCGCACUAAUCACGUUAGCCUGGAGCCUGGCACUACAGAAAAACCGAAGAGUCGCUGCUUUUGCUGUGAGGGGGAGCACCGGUUGAUGGCUUGCCCAACAUUCAAAGAAAUUCCUACGAAAGAGAAGGUACGAUUUUGCGUCAAGCGCCGCUUAUGCAUGAAAUGUUUCGGGACGAGACACUCCGCAGCCGAUUGCAAAUUCGGAAAAGGUUGUGGAUUCAGCGGAUGCCCUUUUAUUCAUCACCCAUUGCUUCAUGAUGUCGAAGAGAAGCACGACAAAGGUAGCAGCCAUCACACAUCACUCUCAGCCCAGGUGGAUCGCGUUAAGGUGUCGCUAGGCGUUAUCCGGAUGGAAGCUUACACAGCCGAAGGCCAGCUCAUCCCAGUUUCAGUGCUGAUAGACGAGGGCAGCGACACGACGUUGUUUCGAGAGGACUUUCUUCAACGGCUUAAGAUCAUCGGGAAAGGUACUACUCUAGAUCUUGUAGGAGUUACCGGCGCCGAAUGCUACAAAUCGCAGAAGGCCCCAGUUCGAUUUCUUUUACCGGACGGGGAGGAAGCCGUCAUAAAAGGAACUACGAUCCCGCAGAUAUCUAGGCCGACUCCGGUAAUCGACUGGAGAAAAUUGAAAAAUCGAUGGCCACAUUUAGCUGACGUCCCAGUGCAAGAGAGUGGCGGAAAAAUCGACAUCUUGGUGGGACUCGAUCACUCGAAUCUACUUGCAGUAUUGGAAUCGCGCGUUGGAGGCGAACACGAACCUUUCGCAUCUCGCACUAGACUCGGUUGGGUCGUCCGCGGCCUGCUUGGGAGUGACAUCGGUCCGAUGACAACGGCCCACAUCCAUCAUAUCUCAGCGACUUCCGAGUUCUCGCUCGACGAAGAGUUCCAGAAAUUUUGUGCAACUGAAAAUUUCGGUACUGAAUUUAAAGGAGAUGCCCUUUCAGAAUCAGACCGAAUCGCCGAGAAGAUCGUUGAUGAAGGCCUGAAGAAACUCGACAUUGGGUAUGAAACCCCACUCACGUGGCUCGAAGGAGAGCCGACAUUUGAAAAUAACAGGACGCUGGCGGAGCAUCGUUGGCGAGACCUGAAGGAACGAUUCAAGAGAGAUCCAGAUUUUGAGGCGGAUUACAGAGCCGCGAUCAAGAAAUACGUCGACGAAGGCUACGCAUCGCGAGUAAAAGAGGAAGAUUUAUACUCGAACAACCAGUACUACUUGCCACAUCACGGUGUCUACAAGAAAGUGUAUGGUAAGAAGAAGAAGAAGCUUCGAGUCGUCUUCGAUGCCGCUGCCAAAUGGAAGAAGAAAUGCCUCAACGACGGAAUGCGACAGGGUCGAAAAUUGCAGAACGACUUAGCCAAGGUCCUCAUUCGAUUCCAGCUGGGGGAGAUUGCCUUUGCAGCAGACGUGACCGCCAUGUACAGCAGGAUUCGACUUCGACCACAAGAUGCCCGCUUUCAUCGUUUUCUCUGGGAAGAGAAAGAUUCUGACGUCAUCAUUACGUACCAAAUGGAUCGCUUGCCAUUUGGAUCUAACUGUGCCCCAUUUCUCGCCCUAAAAACCAUCCACAGAGCCGCUUCAGAUGCCACUAGAGGGAGAGAAGAAUGA